AUGCCACUCAGGCCUGUGUCAGUAGAAGAGCCUUUUGCUCAAUGGGGCCUUGAUUUUGUCGGGAUGAUCAACCCUCCAAGUUCAGCUGGACACAAAUGGAUCCUGACCGCCACUGAUUAUUUCACCAGAUGGUCUGAAGCCAUCCCUCUGUGGAAUUCAUCUGAAAGCGAGGUGUUGACUUUCCUAGAAGAUUUGACUUGUCGGUACGGUACCCCAAAAACUGUUAUAUCAGAUAAUGCGCGCGCAUUUACAGGCUCGCGAAUCACACAGUUUGCUCUCAGUAGAGGUUUUGAAUAUAAGAGGGAGUGGCACCACCACCUAAGAAAUGCACUAUGGGCAAACUGCAUAAUGCCCAAAAAGAUUCUAAAAAACUCCCCGUACAAGUUGGUAUAUGGGAAAUAUGCACUUUUUCCUUUGUCACUGGAAAUCUCGGCGUUGCAAUUGCUAAAAUCCAUGGAUAUCGCUGAAAAUGGUCCAAUGGCUAUAAGGUUGGCGGAGAUUAUGGAGCUAGAGGAAGCGAGAGAAGCAACUUUCACAGCUCUCCAAGACAGACAAGAAGUUGUAAGAAGGUGGUUCGACAGUAAAAAGAGUUAUGAUGUGACUUUCGCCCUUAGAGACCUUGUUUUGAAGUACAACGAGAGAAUGGCGAAACCUGGUCAGCACGCCAAGUUCGACUGCCUAUGGGAGGGUCCUUUCUGCAUCAUAGGUCAUAAAGGUUUCAAUGCUUUCGAGUUAGAAGAUAUGAAUGGAGAUCCCCUCUCCAUCCCGGUUAAUGGUUUCCACCUCAAACCUUUUCAUUAA